UAGCUGCGCUCCGGGCGGGGCGCGGGGCGCGGGGCGCGGGAGGGGCGCGGGAGGGGCGCGGGGCCGCGGCGGACUGAGCCGGGCGACCGGGCGGGAGGGACGAUGGGCUGCGGGGGCAGCCGCGCCGAUGCCAUCGAGCCCCGCUACUACGAGAGCUGGACCCGGGAGACCGAGUCCACCUGGCUCACCUACACCGACUCGGACGCGCUGCCCAGCGCCGCCGCGCCCGACCCCGGCCCCGACGCGGGCGGCCUGCACGCGGGUGCGCUGGAAGAUGGACUGGCCUCCACCGGCGCACCCCGCUCUGCAGCCCCUGGGGCAAUCUCCAGCUCAGAGAAGAGGAUGAGCUGUGGAACGCAGUGCCCGCACCCACAGGGCCUCGGCCCCGGCCUCCACUCCGCAGAGGUUAAAAGGGACGCUAAGCGAACACCCACAGAAGAAGUCACCGUUAAUGUAUCCACUAGCAUCCGACCAAUGGACAGGAGUGUCAAGCUCGUCAAGAACUGUGUCGACUAGCAGGUGUUGGAUGAGAAACACAGACAGACCCGGGUGCCCCUCACAGACUGGAGUUCAUCGAGGAAUUGCCAAGCGCUGGGGGACUCUGCUGCCGGAGGGUCUUCUUCCCCUGGCAGCCCAGAGUGGCCUGUACUGAGGGGUUGCCUCAGCCCCCCCACGCACCACACAAAUGCACGGGCACAGCCCUCACCUCGGGUCUCAGGCUGCAGAGGGUCCACGCAGUAGCCUCUUUGCAGCUCCUGCACCGUGUCCUGGGUGGAGUAGGGCUCAAGGCACAGGCCAGUUCAGGAAAAGCAGGAGAGGAGUUCUUGGGUACAGGACUCACACAUCAGUUCUCAGCCCUUGAAGCCAAAUAGGGAGCAUGAUUUGGGCCGGGUCGUUCUUCUUG